AUUUCACACAAAUAUCUAUCCAGCGGUGGAAUAAGUUGCAGCCAAGCUCAGAGUGGAAAACAGAGCAAAGAACAGAGCCAAGAUGCAGAAGCAGCUACCAAUCAACACCACAAUUCUCGUCUUCCUCUGCUCCUUCAUCGUCAUCUCAAACGCCCAGUCGUUGCCGCCGGCCUGGGCCGAUGGGUUCGUAUACGAAAACGGGCCGGUGGAUCCGAACCCAAUUGUGAUCGAGGCGUUCUUCGACCCGGUUUGCUCCGACAGCAGAGACUCGUGGGCGCCUCUCAAGCUAGCUUUGACCCACUACGGAUCUCGCGUCUCCUUGCUCCUUCACCUGCUCCCUUUACCGUACCAUGACAACGCAUAUGUUGCUUCUCGAGCUCUGCAUAUCGCAAACAUGCUCAAUUCUUCAUCCACAUUCCCUUUGCUCGAGCAAUUCUUCAAGUAUCAGGACAAGUUCUAUAAUGACCAAACGAAGAACCUGUCGAAAGCUUCCAUUGAGAAAGAGGUGAUUGAAAUUGCAGCUGUGGCUGUUGGGAACUCCCUGCAAGCUCAGUUCCAAGCUGCAUUCAGCGACACAAGAACCGAUCUCAAGACAAGGGUGUCCUUUAAGUUCAGCACGUCGAGAGGUAUUUAUGGAACUCCGGCUUUCAUAGUAAAUGGGUUUGUGUUGCCUGGCGUUGGCUCUCCCAUGGACUACAAUGGCUGGCGAAAGAUCAUCGACCCACUGGUCGCCGCGGAGAAGGUUGAGGGCGACGAAUUUGAUUCGAAGAAGUUUGGGAGAAGUGUUUAUUUGUAUAAAUGAAUCUGCUACUGAAGUACAAUAGUGCUGUAGAAUUAUAAAAUAGGAAAGCUCAGUUAUGGCCUAUGGAUCUCUCGGUUAUGAAGAAAAGAAGAUGUUAUCUCCCGUAUUUAUCUAUAGCAACAAUAACUCAAGGGGGACGCGGCUCGACCAGAUGAAAAAUACACAAAUAUAGCCAUGUUUUUAAAACUUUAUUGUCAAAUUUAGCCAUUUUCGUUACAAAUUUUGACGGCGUUAAAGAUGCCGUCAGUAAUGUGGACGUGGACUCUCUCUAAUUGACAUGUCAUCAACAACAUGUUGAGAUGGAUGCCACCUCACCAUCCACAUCAACUGUCAAUUGCCAUG